GAACAUGGCUGAGUUCAGCGGAGAUGAGGACAUGCAGAGUGCUGGGGACACUGUGGACGCACUGAGAUUUUUUGCAAAGAGGCCAAAUAUAACGCCUCAAGGCAGCAGUAGGACUGCUGAGGAGAUGGACUCAGCCAGCAGCAGCAGUAAAACAGACGGCUCUGACCCGUACCGCUACAGGAUGGACUAUCCCUGCAUCGGAUCCUGUCUGAUCAUCAACAAUAAGAACUUCGACAGUAACACAAGCAUGAGUGCUCGGAACGGGACGGAUGUGGAUGCGGCCGCUGCUGUGCAGGCCUUCUCUAAGCUGGGUUAUAAGGUCAAUGUGGCCAACGACCAGACCGUGAAACAGAUGAAACAACUGCUGUAUGAUGCAUCCCGGGAGGACCACAGUGACAGAGCGUCAUUUGUAUGUGUGCUGCUGAGUCAUGGAGACGAGGGGGUGAUUUAUGGCACAGACGGCUUUGAGAGGCUUGAAGACCUGACUAUAUACUUUAAAGGAGAUCGCUGCAGGAGUCUGGUGGGGAAACCCAAGCUCUUCUUCAUACAGGCGUGCCGUGGGUCAGACCUGGACGACGGAUCCUCCAUUGAGACCGACAGUGUCGAUGCGCAGACGUCGGAGAGGAUUCCCGUGGAGGCUGAUUUCCUGUACGCUUAUUCCACUGCUCCAGGCUACUACUCGUGGAGGAACACGCAGAACGGGUCGUGGUUCAUGCAGUCGCUGUGUGAGAUGCUGCUGCGUUUCAACAGAGAGCUGGAGCUGAUGCAGAUCAUGACCCGGGUCAACUGCAAGGUGGCGCUACACUUUGAGUCCGCCUCCGGCCUACCCGGAUAUAGUGGCAAGAAGCAGAUCCCCUGCAUCGUCUCCAUGCUGACCAAAGACUUCUACUUUCCUCAAAAAUAAGAUUUUUAUUUUUUUACCCAUAAAAAUGACUAAGCGCUAGGAAACUUGAUUCAGAAGCGACUAUGCUGUUAUCGCUAAUUUCAUAUUUUAUCUAUUUCACCUUUUUUCAUUGUGACUUUAAGCAGAACCCAAAUGCAUUAUCAACAUUAAGAUUAAGUAAUUAAGGGAGCUGACCAAGUGUGUUUAUGUUGAGCCUGAAGUCUAAACCAGUUUUAAUUCUGUCUUUGAUUAUCUUUGAUACUAAAGGGUGUUGGGACCAUUUACAGGGAUGUAUUUUCAAUAAACCUGCUUCAAUGACUACUUCUCAUUUUACUACAUUUACAUAAUACUGUAUAUUUAAAGGGUAGACAAUGGGUCUUCCCACUACAGUGUGUCUACCUUUAAACUGUUUUUGAAUGCAAUAAAUGCACAAAGUAUCAUUACAUAUCAGCCAAUCAAAUGGGGGGAAAAAAGUGUUGUCUUUUUGAACUGAUCACUUUCUUUAAAAUGUACUGAUGCUAAUGUAGCCGUAAUGAUUGUAAAUCACCCUAAAGCAACACAACGAUACUGAUCAUACUGCUAAUGAUAAGUACUUUAAAUGUGAGUAUUGUAGUAGAAUAUUUAGAGUACGUAUUUCCUCCUUUCAGGUGGUCAUACACAUACUGUAGGUGUAGUAGCUCUUGAUUUUUAUACCACACUUCCUCUGUACUCAACUUCUGGGGAUGAUUGUAAACCUUUAACUGGGAUUGAUGGAUUUAUUUGGCAUUGAUAAAAGGUUAAUAUAAUUACAGACAAAGUCAUUGCUGAGAAUAAAACAAC